AUGUCCAUGCCCCUGGACAAUGGCUCUCCAAUAAAGAUGGACACCCUGUCAUGGCUCGGCCAACCCCCUUAUUACAUGCCCUCUGGCAAGGCCACUGCUGGCAUUACCACAGGGGCUCCGGACACUUGUUCAGCCCGGACAAGGCAGCAAAAGGGCAUCACUGAUGACAAGGACAUUGUUACCACUGUCACCCGCUACACCUCACUGAAGGUCAAAGACUUGAUCAAGACCCUUGAGAGCUACAAGAUCCCGAGUUGGAAAGACUUACGAGCUGACUUGCUCCAAUACUACAAUACAGACCAGAGCACACAACAAUACACCCUCAGCGACCUCAUGAUGUUCCAGGUCUGGUCCGCAAAGCAACCCAUCAGAUCGCUGGAUAAGUGGCACCGCUACACGCAGAAGUUCCAGCAUGUCACGGGAUGGCUGCUUGAACACAGCAUGAUCACGGAAAAUGGAAUGCACAUGAAGCUGCAUGCACACAUCAUCAUCAACCUAAAGGUCAAUGACCCAAAGCACAAUUAUUGUACUCCCUUUUCAGUGGACAAGGUGACCACAGCUGUGGAAACGUACCUCCAGCGCAAUCACUUUGAUGCAGAACAUCUGCUGUCAGAUCAGGAGACUGCUGACAGCUUGGACGACUCCAGCAAUGAGGAUGAUUCAUCCUCCAGUGAGGAUGAUGUGGUUCACAAACCCGUAAUGAUGGGUGCCACUGUCACAGUGAUGACAAUGCCCGUCCCGGUCAUGGAUGUGCACACUGCAAUGGGAUCAAUCAACCGGGGAUGCUUUGGCUGUGGAAACCCCGGACAUGGAGUGCGGGACUGUCCUGAGGUGUUGCAGCUCCUCUCUGAUGGAAUUGUGACCCGUGACAUGAGUGGGCAGAUCAUCAUGAAGGAUGGCGGACAUGUUGCAUGCAUGUCUGCAGUGGAGGGACUGAUCACACACAGCCGCACAGCUGCCCCAUCGCAAGAAGCACCCCCUGUUUGGGACCCUCCACCGCAUGAACCGCUUUUGACUCAACCCAUUGAGGUUCUGCCACUGCGUGUCACUGUGGACCCCAACAAUAGUGAUGCAUUCAUGGAGGAUGACACCCACAACCUGGAUGAGAUCACAACAAAGCCAAGGGUAUCUGCCGACUCACUGAAAGGCCUGGAAGCAACAGGAAAGCGAGUGCCGAGACGGAUCGAGCUGCAGGCACAGAUUGACCAAGCUGACAUCCUCGACAGAGUCCUGGGCACAUCAGUAUCCCUAAAGAUUGGGAAAGUGCUCGCCAUAUCAAAAGACAUGUCCCAUCAGCUGCAGAAUGUGCUAAAGCUACGUCAAGCAGCCAUGGUGGCUUUGACAGUUGUCACACCAUCAAGAGGCACUCUCAUCAAGCUGCAGAUGGAGUGUGAUGACCGACCAGUCACUGCAAUCAUCGAUACAGGCUCCCAGCUAAACAUAGCUCACUGGCGAGUAUGGAAGAGCAUGCUCCGGAGGCCCAUGGACGUUACCUGCUUUGUCAACAUGAACGAUGUGAAUGGGGGGUGGGACAGUACAUACCUCCUAUUCAAAGACCACAACUUGAAUGUCCGACACAAAAUUCUGGUAACACCAGGCAGACACGAUCAAGGAUGGCACUUCGAUCCUGAUGCCUUCUCAGCCAAGUUGACCCAUAGCCCAGCUGCCACCGCCUCAACCUACUACCUACAGACAGAGGGAGAAGACAUCAGCCUAAAACCCGGUGGACAGACAGGGGUGGCGGCAUUGACAGACUUGUCAAGCGUGAUCGAGGAAGUUACCUGA